AUGCGGGAGCGUCGGGGCCGCCGCGGACUCUGCCCUCGGGCCGGCGGGAGGCAGGGGCUCCGCGCGCUCCGAGCGGCCCUUCACGUGACCGCGGCGAGGACGGCCCGCUGCGGCCCCGAGGGCGGAGGGCUAGCGGCGGGCGCGGCGGGCUCCCAGGCUCGGGCCCUUUCCCGGGCCGGCCUCGGGGCCGCGCUCCGGAGCCAGGGGCCCACGCUGGUUGCCAUACCGAGAACAGCAUGCGGUGGACACAUAGAGAAGCAUGGAAACCUGAUAGCGGCUAUUGCAGUAGCUCAGACGCCCAGAGCAUGGAAAGGCGGGGACAUCCAAGCCUGGGCGAGUCUUCGGGACCAGGCGAGACCAACGCACCUGUCAAGUUUCGAGCGGACGCGCCGCGGGACGCGCCGGGCACGCCCCACCCCCUCGGCCUCCUGCGUGAACGCGCUGCGCCGUUUGACCCCGCCGCCGCGCCGUAGGCCGCGCUGCACGCCGGCGGGCGUGAUGGCGGACGUGUCAGAGAGGACGCUGCAGCUGUCCGUGCUGUUGGCCUUCGCCUCCGGAGUGCUUGUGGGCUGGCAGGCGAACCGGCUGCGGAGGCGCUACCUGGACUGGAGGAAGCGGAGACUGCAGGACAAACUGGCGGUGACGCAGAAGAAGCUGGACCUGACCUGAGACCCCGCGCCGCCGGCCCCCGCGCGGCCGCCUCGCCUCGCCCACGCGGGGGCUAGGUCCGGCGCAGGUACCAGCCAGGCUCGCCUCCCACCUCCGCCCGUCGAGCCGGGCUCCUGCCGCAGUGUGGCUUGUCGAAGAUGCAUAAAGAACACUGGACAGAAUUAUUUUUCCUUGCACUUUAUGAAUCAAUUUUAUUUUUAAAAUAAAAAUAUUUUAAACAUCUUU